ACUUGUUUUUAUUUUCAGGUAAAUGUUAUACACAAAUAAAAUAGAAAAAAUAAAAGACAGAUUUUUACGGGCAGCCUUUUAAACAACAUUUACUCAAAAAUUCAAAACAUAUAUAAACUCCUUCAAAAUACCCAUUACUUCAAAAAAAACGUAAAAGAAAAGAAAAGAUGAAGUUAGGUGUGACAAUAUUUCUGAUUGUUGUAUGCUUAUACACCGAACAUGUGAUAGGAGGAUCGGUGUUUAUCUAUAACAACCUGCACCACGGACACUAUUUACAAGUGCAUUGCAAAUCCGGAGACAGCAAUCUCGGUGACCACGUGAGACGCCCCGGUGCGGCGUACAGUUAUUCUUUCACUGAUCAUAUAUUUGGAAAAACGCUUUAUUGGUGUCAUCUAUGGAAAGGUAAGGACUGGGAGAAUCAUGUGGCGAUCGUUGCCUACGAAAGUAAGCAGUUGCCUCAUCGCGACAAUUGGGUUAGAUGGUCGGUCAGGGAAAAUGGCAUCUAUCAAAAUGUGAACGGUGAGGAGAAUUACCAUUUCAGGUAUAAUUGGGAUGGUCACGUUUAGAUUUGGGUUUCAUUGAUAAUCAUGAUUCCCCAUCUAAUUAUGUAUAAUAUGGUAAUAUAACUCCUACUAAUUUUGUUGUUAUAUAUUCUUUUUGAUUCGAGGGAAGAUGUAAGAAUCAGAUCUACCUCUAUAUUUUAGAAAUGAUGUACGUCUCUGUUAAUCAUUAUUUUAAAUGAUAGAUUACUACUUAAAUCUAAUUUUAAUUUUUGAA